UCCUUUAUAGUUUUGCAGUACCAACCUUUCUCUGCACUCUGUCUGUCUGUCUCUCUGUCUUUCUUUCUCAUCAGACACACCAUUGUCACCAACCUUCUGUAGCGUUCAUGGUGAAUUCUCUCAAGCACUAAAGCCAUUUUAGUGCUUCCUUCUAAUCUAAAGCGUUUUCGAUCUGCUUUUCUACUCUUGCUCUGUUUCAGUUUCCCAAGCCUUCAACUUCAAUUCAAUCUCUGCCGUCAUACUAUUAAGAGAAUUCUCUGAUCCUUCAUCGGAAUUUGAUCUCUGUUCUUUGCUUCUUCUGUUUAAAUUCAAGAAAUUUCAAACCCCCACAUACCCAAUUUGUAUUGGGACGGGCGCAUAUCGAUUUUGUGAUGGAAUCUGAAAAUGGAGUUAAUAUGGAGGACGAGAGUUGUGGAGUUGAGUCGCCACGAGUGGAUAAUUCAGCUGUGGAUUUGACUAAGGAGAGUGACAAUGUUGACUGUGGCCAAAAAGCUAGAACUCCGAACGAGAUUUCUGAACCAGUGGCAGAAACUGACAACCUUAAUUCUUCCAAAACUAAGAUACAAGCCUCUAUGACCGUUCCCAAGAGUAAAAAUGUAAAGACUUCAAAGGAUCCUGGAACAGCAGUCGGUUCUUCAAAGAACAACAAACUGACCAAGGAGAAACCAACCUUAACAAGCUUUGCUCAGUUUCCUCGACCGAGCAGGCGAGUACUUUCUCAGAGCCUUUCGUUUCCGACGAGAAGGGCUAGUACUGUUGUCAUGGACAAGAGCAUUGACAAAUAUCCAGUUAAAACUGUCACCAAACGCAUAGGGGAGAAAGUUAUUAACUCAAGGACCCAAAUUUCUGAGGAUGCUCUGCUGAAGAAUUCAAGCAAGAAUGCGUUAAACAGAGUGAGGACUAAGGGAGUGAACAAAAACACCGUAGAACAGAAUCCAAAACCAGAGAAAACAACAUUCCUCCCUAAAGAGGAUGACGAUGUUCACUCCACUUCCUCAGGUGCCACUCCACGGGGAAGUAGAAACAGUUGUCCUGGUUUUGCUUUCCGGUUGGAUGAACGUGCCGAAAAGAGGAAGAAGUUCUUUUUGAAGCUAGAAGAGAAAACUCAGGAAAAGGAAGUUGAGAAAACUAAUCUGCAGGCCAAAUCUAAGGAAAGUCAGCAAGCAGAGAUUAAGCAGCUGAGAAAGAGUAUGACAUUUAAAGCAACACCAAUGCCAAGUUUCUACAAGGAACCUCUUCCAAAGGCUGAACUAAAGAAGAUACCGAUCACCCGCCCGGUAUCACCGAAGCUUGGCAGACAUAAGAGCUCAACUGCUGAAGCGGGCACCUCAGUUCACAGUCCACAUCAGAACGGCGAACCGACCAAGUCACCAAAGGCAUUCCAAUCUAACUCUGAAAAAGUAACCAUUAGUUUGAAGAAGGCAGCUAAAAAGCCUCAAACGAAACUCCAUCCGAACGAGUCUAAAACUGGAGGAGCUGCCAUCAAGCCAAAGUCAAAGAUCAACAAAACCGAAAGACAGCACCCGAAACCCGACAUUGCAGAGACUACGAAACAGCAGGAGAACCAGCCAGUUGAUCAUCCUGAAUCAAACGACGGCGGAGAGCUGAACUCUGGGUUGGAUCCUCCCAAUAAUGAGGAAACGACAGCCACAGCCUCUACAGAGAUCAUGGCAGCUGAAAUCGCAGUUGGAGGCUAAAUGCACUUACAAUUCUCACUUCCAAUCCAAGACAUCAUGUUUAGAGGUUUGAAAAUUUUUAUGGUAGGUAUUGUGAAUACAAUGGUUGUGUCAGUUUUCAUGUCAACAUAAGUAUUUGUUCCUUCCA